CAAACUGAAGUGUCAAGACAGUAACGACUGUGUGCGCAUCUGUGGAUUUCACAUUAAAUAAACACGCUCCUUUAAGUUCUGUCUACCAUUGAACAUGAUGUUUACUCUGCUUGUUCUUCUUCAGACUGUGUCUACCACACAGGCUAUAGUUCCAGAUCCCUGCUCAGCCUACAUCAGUCUGAAUGAGCCAUGGCGAAACGCAGACUACCACGUCAACAACUCGGCAGGAGUCCCUCUCUGUGACCGUCACGUGGCGGGGGAAUGGUAUCGCUUCACAGGGAUGGCUGGGGAUGCUAUGCCUACUUUCUGUAUCGAAGAGAACCACUGCGGUACCCACGCUCCCAUUUGGCUGAACGGCAGUCACCCUCAGCCUGGCGAUGGCAUUGUUACCCUGCCUGCAUGUGCCAGCUUCAAUAACAACUGCUGUCAUUGGACAGCUAGUGUGGGCGUGAAGGCCUGUGUAAAGGGUUAUUAUGUCUACCGCCUCCCCCGACCCUCUGUCUGCUUCCACGUCUACUGUGGCCAUUUCUAUGACAUAUGUGAUGAGGUGGAGUGUAAUGGGGCUGACUGCCCUGUUGAGCCUGAAUGUCGCUGUCCAGCAGGGACGGUUCUGGGAGCUGAUGCACAGACAUGUCUGGAUGUGAAUGAAUGUGAGAAAGGGAAUGGCGGCUGUGCUGAAGUGUGCAUCAACACUAAGGGUUCUCGUCGUUGUGAGUGUGGACCUAGUAAAGUGCUGGACGUGGAUGGGAAGAGUUGUAAAGAGAUUGCAGGAUGUCACAAUAUGAAUGGAGGCUGCAGCCACGAAUGCUCCUCAGAGGAGGAAUCAUAUUACUGUCACUGUCCCCGGGGUCUGAUGCUAGGAGAUGACAAACGCACCUGUCAGGUCCCUGUACAGUGUGAUCCCAGUUCCAUAGACGUAUCAGUUCCCAAAGACCUGGUGGGAGGGCUUGAACUCUUCCUGUCUAACUCAUCCUGCCGUGGCAUUUCCAAUGGCACCCAUAUUAACCUGCACUUCAGUUUGAAGACCUGCGGCACUGUGGUGCAGGUCACAGAUGACAAAAUCGUUGGCACUAACUUGGUGACAGGGUUGCCACGGUCGAGUCCUGGCAGCAGUGGGGACUUGAUUGUGCGUACUAGUAAACUACUGCUACCAAUUACUUGUGAGUUUCCACGGAAGUAUGAGGUGUCUGAUGGCUACCUGCCCAGUCUGCGCAACACAGCACUCGAGCUAGCAGGCCACAGCGAAGGAAUAUUUCCCUUCACUCUGGAGCUCUUCAAGAGUGCCGAGUUUUCCAAGCCAUACAGCCAACCUCCUCAACUUCGGCUUCGUGACUCGCUAUACUUCGGCGUAGAACCUCGAGAAAGGGUGGAUGGCCUUGCUGCUUUUGUAGAAAGCUGUUUUGCCACACCCGGCCCCAAAGCUGACCAGGCCUUGAAAUAUUACCUCAUAAAAGAUGGCUGUAUUUCAGAUGAAACGGUGCGUCAGCUUUCUGCUAAAGACCAGCUUUCCAAACACUACCAGGUCCCUGUCUUCAAGUUCAUAGGCAAGGACAACAGAGAGGUUUUCCUGCAUUGCCGUGUGCUGGUGUGUGGACAGGCCCAAGGGGAGUCUCGCUGUACACAGGGCUGUCGAAAGCGUUUGAGAAGAGAUCUUUGGACCAACCAGCACCAUGAGCAAGACGAACUGUCUAGUGGACCCAUUCAUAUACUACCAGACCCAUGAGACAAACACAGAUUCACACCAUCCACAUCCUGCUAGCACUAACCCCACAUACUAACACAAAAAAAGCAAUUCACACUUGUCUCACGUCAGCACUUAUAAGGUUUAACCCUUGUGUGACCUUUGGGACAUUUUUGUUUUUUUGAUCAUUUUGGCUUUGUUAAUGCCAACGGCAUAAAUUUUGCCAAAGGUGUGUAUUUUUGAGGGAAUUUUGAUAUUUCAACCUCAGUUCCAAUAAUAUAUCUAUAAUACACUGUGUGCACAAAAUAGUUACACUCAGGACCUUAAGGACAAAAAUGUCCCCAUUGAAACCCAUUAAAACCGCAAUAUUUGAUCCCAGUGCCAUUAAAGUAUAAAAUCAUGAAUUCUAUGAUAUUAUGCUUUCAUUCUGGAGCCCUGGCUUCAAAAUUUUAAUUUUUGAUAUUUUCCACCAGAUGGCGCAAUUUUUCUCAUGUUUAGCCUAUGGAGCAAAUACAUGCUUUUUUCCUGUUUUCUGUUUGCUUUAUUAUAGAGCACUGC